CCGGGGUACAGCUGGCACACUUCUGCCAUCAGAUGCCCUCCUGUGUUACUGACAAGUUCCCGUCACGUCCAUCCCACUGUCACUCCCGGCCCUCCCCCGUCAUACCGCGCCUCUGCCCCGCACUACCCGGCCCGGCUCACCACGUCCUCUACCUCGUACUCCACAGUCGGCCCUGGGGCCAGACACCGACUGGUACCACCUCAACAACACCCGGCGCUCUGCGGACCGCGGUCACAUGACACGGCGCCGCCAUUUUGUCUUAGUAGUGAAGUGUGAGGUAAAAAGAGAGAAGGGAGAGAAGCCGGAAAGGAAGAGGAAGACGGUGAGAGAGAGAGAGCGAGAGCGAGGAGCGGGGCCGCCGCCAUCCCGGGUGUCAGAAGCAGCCGGGGAGCCGUGACCGAGGAGCCGACAGUCACACAGACCUAAGCCCAGGCCAGAGAGCAGCUUCGACCAUGUCGGGUCAGUCCAUCACCGACCGGAUCACGGCGGCCCAGCACAGCGUCACCGGCUCCGCCGUAGCCAAGGCCGUAUGUAAGGCGACCACUCAUGAGGUGAUGGGGCCCAAGAAGAAGCACCUGGACUAUCUGAUCCAGUGUACGAAUGAAAUGAAUGUUAACAUACCACAGCUUGCUGACACCCUGUUUGAACGGACGGCCAAUGGUAGCUGGGUGGUAGUAUUCAAAGCCCUUAUCACAACUCACCACCUUAUGAUGUAUGGGAAUGAGCGAUUUAUUCAAUAUCUUGCAUCCAGAAAUACAUUAUUUAACCUCAACAACUUCUUAGAUAAAGGUGCUAUGCAAGGCUAUGAUAUGUCAACCUUCAUCAGGCGCUACAGCAGGUAUUUGAAUGAAAAAGCUCUUUCCUACAGACUUGUGGCAGUGGACUUCACCAAAAUGAAAAGAGGGAUAGAUGGGGUUAUGAGAACUAUGGCUACUGAAAAGUUAUUGAAAACUCUUCCUAUCAUUCAGAAUCAACUGGAUGCUCUACUAGAUUUUGAUGCAAACCCAAAUGAGUUAGCUAAUGGUGUUAUCAACACUGGCUUCAUGCUGCUAUUCAAAGACUCCAUUAGAUUAUUUGCUGCCUACAAUGAAGGAGUUAUUAAUUUGUUAGAAAAAUACUUUGAUAUGAAGAAGAACCAGUGUAAAGAAGCCUUGGACAUUUAUAAGAAAUUUCUUGCUCGAAUGACCAAAUUGUCAGAAUUCCUCAAAGUUGCUGAGCAAGUUGGAAUUGAUCAGGGUGACAUUCCAGAUCUUACUCAGGCACCCAGCAGUUUGCUGGAAGCACUUGAACAGCACUUGGCAUCCCUUGAAGGGAAAAAAACAAAGGAACUCUCAGCUGCUAGUCGAGCCAGCACCUUGUCUAGUGCAGUGUCCUCUCUUGCCACAACUGGUUUGUCUUUUUCCAAAAUGGAUGAGAAAGAGCGACAGCAGGCUCUGGAAGAGGAGCAAGCAAGGCUUCAAGCACUUAAGGAACAGCGUCUUAGAGAAAUUUCUGUUGUGUCAAAUUCUACACCCGGAUCAACCUCUCCAAGCACUUUAUCUGGAAAAAGUGUUAAUACCAGUUCAGCUGUUGAUUUAUUCUCAACACCUGCACCAACAACUAAUAGCAUGCCGAACCUUACCAGUGAUCUGUUUGACUUGCAACCAACGUUUGUACCAACAGUACAAAGUACUCCUGCCAUAGCAACUUCGACAAACAAUACAUGGGGAGGGCCUUUUUCAUCAUCAAAUGGAGUUAGUUCCCCACCACACCUAGACAUCUUUGACAUGCAACCUGUUGAAGAGGUUGUAAAGUCUGCUCCCGCUUUCAAUACAUCUACAUUUCCUUCCAAACCAACAAUGGGACUUGUUAGUGGUUUUCCAAUUCAGUCAGGUGUACAGAAUGCUUCUACAACAAUGAAUGUGGACUUUGAUGCUGUAUUUGGAACAAAGUCUUCUGCACAUGAAAGUAACGAAACAUCAGUUGCCUUCUUUACAGACGAUGUAUUGCAACCAACUGUCUCACAGCAAAUUCAAAGGUCUGCAGCAGCUGGCACACAGAGUGGAAAACUGUUGGCAAAUGACCUUGAUUCCUCCCUUGCUAACUUGGUUGGAAAUCUUGGUUUUGGAGGAACACCAUCAAAAAGAUCUGAUAUGCAGUGGAAUCAGCCUUCUGAGAAAAGAUUAACCGGUGGCACAAACUGGCAGGCAAGAACAAGCACUUCAACCACGUGGAAUCACACACCUGUAGCACCUGUACCUCAAAUGAAUGGAGCCCAUUACUCUACUGGAUAUGUUCCUGCACCUCUGAGCUAUCCAGUCGCUACACCUCAAGUGCCUGUGUAUGGAAUGGUUCCUACACAGAUUGGUGCAAAUCCUCUUAUGGUUCCUCAGCCAAUGAUUUAUACACAACCAGGAAUAAGACCCACAAAUCCAUUUGCACCAGUUUCUGGAGCACAGAUGCAAUUCAUGUAAAGCAGCCAAAGCAGCAAGGAGAUAUUGACAACCAAAAGCUGGUGAAAAAGGGAUUUCCAGUUGUUUGCUGGCAUGGUCUUUACCAGGCCACUGAUGUGUUUCCAGUUUAAUAUAAAGUACCCGUUCUGUGCACUGCAGUGCUUUAGAGAUUGCUGAUUAUAACUGUACUUCUGCCAGGGAAUCUAAUGUCACCCGCUUUGACUGUGCAAAGCUGUUCCAAGAAAACAUCCUAUUUUCUUUUUUUACUACACUGGUGGUAGGCAAAAAUGGGAUAUAAAACAUUUCUAAAUGUGAACAUUGAGGUGCCUUUGUCCAACAACAUGAAAGGGGUUUUAUAUAUUUUUUUCCUACCCCUUUUUCUCUUUAUUCAGAAAUUCUCUAAUACCCAUGUUUUUCUGACAACACAUGUAGCUUUUCUGAAGAUGUUACUCAGCUAAAGUGAGCAGUAGGAUUGUCAGGUUUCAUUGAGCUAAAAUAAACACAAUCGCUAUUGUGUACUGUGAGGACUAGGUUCAAACUUCACAAGAAAUCCACGUCAGGGAAGCCAAUAUUUUAUACUGAGAAAAUGGAAUUUAACUGGAGAUGUAUGAAACAGUAGAGCCAAUGGCAAUGCAAUAAGAUGUCUUUAUUGUUAAAUCAGAAGUUGUGGAUCUGAGGUCAUUUUGUAAAGUCAAAACUUCUGUUAUAUGAAUUGUAUCUCUUGCUCCUUGUGGUCAUGAACUUUUUUUUUUUUUUCUUGUAUAUUUCACCCUUUAAAUUCAGUCAUGAGUUCUAUGUUGGAGGUAUUGCAAAUAGGAGGUGAUUUUUUAUUUUUUUUGCCACUGCUUAAAGAAAGUUUAUCGUUUGUAACCAAUAAGCAGGGGAAGUGUAACUCCUGCCUUUUGUGCCACUUUACUUUAAAUACAUUAAGUACAUUUUUUAUUAUGUAAAUAUAUAUUAUAUAUAUAUAUAUCCUGAAAUAAUUUCUUUAAUGCUGAUGCAUCCUUAUCUUUAAAUAUAUUUCUCAAAACAAUGUCCUUUCGAUAAGGAUCUUGAAAAUUGUGCAGAUUAUUGUUGAAUAUGAUUAGUUGAUGCCAAAUUAGCUCAAUAGAUGAAAUGCAUCAUUCUAUAUUUAUUUAAUCACAAUGAAAACAUCAAAAUAUAUUUCCGUGAUAUCUUCUAUCCUCAUUGCCAUUAUAGCCACUUGCGGCAAUGAAAGAAAAGGACAUCGAAGCCAAGGUUUACUGUGCCCAUUUACUACAAGAUUGUGGAUCUCGGAGUGUGGUAUUACAAUAGAUAUCUCAUCUUAGGGUCAAAUUUCAAAAGAAUGAAAUUGAAUAAUGUUAUAAUAAAAUGGUAUGUGAA